AUGAGGCUCUGUGCCUGGGCUGCAGCUUGGUGUCCGCCGCUUGUCGUGGUUCUUCUGACUGUCCUCCAUGUCAAAGCCGAACAGCAUCAACCCAGGGAGAGACAUUAUUAUAUUGCUGCCGUUGAGAUAGAUUGGAACUACUCUGGGAAUAACACAGACAGGUUUGGUACCACUUACAAGAAAGUGGUCUUUCGGGAGUAUGAGAAAGACUUCAGACAAGCUAAGACUCAUCCCUCCUGGUUAGGGCUACUGGGGCCCACACUGAGGGCAGAGGAGGGGGAGACGAUUGUCGUCACUUUCCGAAACAUGGCGACUGGACCGCAUAGCAUCCACCCGCAUGGGGUUGCUUACGGGAAACAGUCUGAGGGAGCCAACUACUUUGACAACACAUCGCAGAAAGAGAAAGAGGAUGACAUAGUGCAGCCUGACAGUGAACACAUUUACUACUGGGAGGUGACAUCAGAUGUUUCUCCACAGCCAAACGACCCUACCUGUCUCACCUAUACCUAUAUUUCCCACCAAAAUGUUGUCGAGGACUUCAACUCAGGCCUUAUCGGUACUUUGCUCAUCUGCAAGCCUGGCAGCCUGGAUGAGUCAGGAAAACAGGUUGGCGUCCACCACGAAUAUGUAUUCCUCUUUGGUGUUUUUGAUGAGAAAGAGAGCAAGUACAAACCAAACAGCCAUGCUGCAGACAACCAUGUAAAAUACACCAUCAAUGGAUUCACAAAGGGAUCGCUACCCGAUGUCAGUAUGUGUGCCUAUGCCUCAGUCAACCUGCAUCUGGUGGGUAUGAGCUCAGAGCCUGAGGUAUUCUCAGUGCAUAUGAAUGGACAGGUGUUGCAGCAGAAUGGACAUAAAGUGUCAUCUGUGGGCCUGAUCAGUGGCUCCUCGGCAACUGCCAGCAUGGUGCCUCUUCACACAGGCCAGUGGCUGCUCUCCUCACACACUGUCAGGCACAUGGAAGCUGGAAUGCACGGUUUUUUUGAUGUGAAAAAGUGUGAUGACUUUGAAGCACCCCGACGAAGGAUGACCAUUGAACAAAAACGACACAGCAGGGAGUGGAUAUACUACAUAGCUGCUGAGGAAAUUGUCUGGGAUUAUGCACCUAAUAUGCAUGAAAACAUUGACGGGGACUUCAAUCUACAGUACCUGAGACAGUCAUCAACACGUAUAGGUGGGAAAUAUAAGAAGGCAGUCUACACACUGUACAAAAAUGAGUCAUUCACUGAAAGGCUGGAGACCAAGCAAAGGAAAAAUGAGCUUGGGAUCUUGGGCCCAGUGAUCAGAGCGCAAAUCAGAGAUGUCAUCAAGAUUGUUUUUAAGAACAAGGCCUCAAGGCCCUACAGCAUUUAUCCACAUGGACUGACAAUAGAGAAAUCAGAAGAGGGUGUCAACUACCCGGCAGGAAGCAACCAGUCCCAUGGUGUUCAGCCAGGUGAGACACACACUUAUCUAUGGAAAGUCUUCGAAGAGGACGAGCCUUUGGACAGUGACUCUCGAUGUCUGACACGACUGUAUCACAGUGCAGUGGACACACCACGUGAUAUCGCCUCAGGACUAGUAGGACCAAUACUCAUUUGCAAGAGUCAGUCUCUCAAUGUCAGGAAUGUGCAGCUGAAAGCAGAUAAGGAGCAGCAUGCCAUGUUUGCUGUGUUCGAUGAGAACAAGAGCUGGUACCUGGAUGACAACAUUCGCCAAUAUUGUGAUCGAUCUAAAGUUAACAAGGCAGACCCAGAUUUUUAUAAAUCCAACAUCAUGCACACAAUUAAUGGUUAUGUGUUUGAGAGUGGCCCAGCCUUGGGUUUCUGCAAUGGUGAGGUUGCAACAUGGCACGUGUCCAGCUUUGGAGCACAGAACUACAUCCAGACAGCUACAUUCUAUGGCCAUACUUUUGAGCUGAAUGAGCGAACAGAGGACUUUCUCAGCCUCUAUCCUAUGACUGGAGAGACCAUCAAUAUGAACAUGGACAACAUUGGUUUCUGGCUCUUGGCCUCCCUGAAUUCCCAUGAUACAACCAAAGGAAUGCGCGUAAAGUUUCAGGAUGUUGAGUGCUAUCGUGACUUCCAGUAUGAAUACAAUGACUAUGAAGAUCCAGCAGCAAACAAACAAUUUACUGUGUGGAAGCCUCUAAGCUUGGAUGAAGUCAAAAAGAAAGAACCGAAGCCUAAUGAUGUAGAGGAAAAAAAACCAGAAAUAGAUCUUUACACAGACAUGUUUGCAGAAAAAUUGGGUCUCAGGUCUCUGAACAACCAGUCUAGUAGCUCAGAUGUGGACCUGCUGGACCUGUCUUUCCUCGACUACGAUGCUAUUGAUGUGCCUGACGGAGGUACAAAUAUAACAAAUAUUAGUCUUAAUUUCACAGAGACAAAGAACAAAAAGGAGAUUUCUAUUCCAAAGCCAAACGGACUAAAUGAAGAAUUAUUCCCAAAUUGGAAAGAGGUGGAUGGACUAAACCUUACAGCAGUUAAUCUGCUAACACAAAACAUCAAAGUCAACUCAGCACAUAUGAAGAACAAUGGUCUGUCAUCAACUACUGACAAUUCUAGAGUGUAUAAAACAGAGAACAGAACUGAUUUUUAUAGCCCAAACAUAAAAAAGAAUAAUAGUUUCACUACAAAUAGCAGGGCUUUUGAAGAUGUCUCAAAUCAUGAUAAUGUAGCAGUGUCUGACACAAAGAACACAACAGUUCAUAAUGCUACAGCAUUAUCAGUGGCUGGAAAUCUGUCUAUAGAGAUUACUAAUUUUAAAGAAACAUCACAAGGAAUUGAUCCAUUGUUGACUGGUGAUACUCAGACUUCCAUGAACAUGACCUUGACAGAGGACACAGAGGAAAGACUCACCAGAGGGGAUGUGUUCUCUUACUCUGUGCCUCUAUCCAGUCUCCACAGUACACCAGAGGGCAGUGUCGCUUCUCUGUCGCAUAGUACAAAAAAGGAAGAUGAGAAUAACACAGCAACUAGCCAUGUUAAUGAUACAGCAGAUGGAAUGAACUGUUCAUUGUCUAUUCCAGAUGCUAAUGUAGGAUUGGGUGACAUCAGCUGCAUAGACAGAUGCAAUCUGACCAUCUCAGACAACAAAACCAGUGACUCUUUGAUCACCACAGCAGAGCCAGAGAAUGGACCUCAGAUGAAUACCUCUAAAACUGUCACUAUUCCAGCCAAUGCUAGUCUUGAAAAUGUAACUAAUACUUUGCUUGAAACCGGACCCACAGCGAAUAUAUCAAUAAUCAGUUCAUCUGAGGAGAUUAGCUCGGAGAGUAGAGAGAAUGUCACAGCUCCUCCCUUCGCUGAAACUGUCUCCAGAGAAACGAUGAUUUCACAUAACCUGUCCCUCUCCAGCAAUGCAGUAACAAAGAGCAAUUCUGAGGAGCUGAGUGCAUCAGACAGUGAAGAAGUAUUUAUCUACCUUAAAGAAAACAAUACAAAUUUGAUUAAAACCACCUCUGUCAAAAUACAGGGGCAUAACUGGACUUAUGAGGAAACUCACAAAAUAGUUCCUAUGGAUAUUCCUGAUUACAUGAUGAAAUAUUUUGGGAAAGAGACACCUAAAACAACGGCAACCCCAAAAAAGGUCAGGAAGGUGAACCGCCGACAAAGACCCCAGACGGGUCAAGGCAUGAAAACAAGGAAGAGGAAAGAAUACAAGCCUCAGCCCAGGACUGGCUUACCACUGUCUCCUCGUGGAUUCAGUCCAGGCCUGACCCCACGUGGAUCACGACCCCAUGUACCACAACCUGUUGCUGAUGAGGAGGCGCUCAUUAACAAGCCUGUGGUUAUUGGUGUGCCACGGCCCGAUUUCAGUGACUACGAGCUGUAUGUUCCAGGGGAUGAACCAUAUCAUCUAGAACUGGAUGAGCAAAAUGUAAAAGCAGAUGAGUAUGAGUAUGUGAGCUACAAAGACCCCUACAGCAGUCACGAAGACAUCAAGACUCUCACCCUGGAUGAGACCACUAAAUACUACUUAAAAUUUGGAGGCCCAAAUGCCAGAACUUAUUUCAUUGCUGCAGAGGAGGUUGAGUGGGACUAUGCUGGCUAUGGACAGAGGAGGCAAGAAAAGUCAUAUCAAAACAGCAGGGAAACAAAGUUCACCAAGGUGGUUUUUCGAAGUUACCUGGACAGUGGCUUCAGCACACCAGAAAUCCGUGGAGAGACAGACGAGCAUCUAGGCAUCCUGGGACCAGUCAUCAAGGCAGAGGUUGGACAAAGCAUCAUGGUUGUCUUCAGGAACAACGCCAACCGUCCAUACUCCAUACACCCAAAUGGGGUUUCCUAUACCAAGCAGACUGAAGGUCUAUCUUACGAGGAUGGAUCUAAGUACUGGUAUAAAUAUGACAAUGAGGUUCAACCUGGUACUACCUUCACAUAUAUCUGGAAGGUCCAUUCUAUGGUUGGGCCAACAAAAGAUGAGUCUCACUGUCGGACCUGGGCCUACUAUUCAGGAGUUAAUCCUGAAAGGGAUAUGCACUCUGGCUUGAUUGGGCCUUUGCUGGUAUGUCGAGAAGGCACAUUGGACAGAGAGUUACCAAACACAAUGGAGUUCACACUGCUUUUCAUGACCUUUGAUGAGUCACAGAGCUGGUACUAUGAGAAGAACCAUGAGAUCAUACAGAGGAAAAACCGAAGGAGGGUUCUAGACCCCAACUUUAAGGAGAACCUCAAAUUCCAUUCUAUCAAUGGCAUUAUAUACAACUUGAAGGGCCUCAGGAUGUACACCAACCAGCUUGUGUGCUGGCACCUGAUAAACCUGGGUUCUCCCAGAGACUUUCAGAGUGUCCACUUUCAUGGACAGACGUUCCUCCAUAAGAAGACCACCAGCUUCAGACAGGCGGUCUACACACUCCUGCCUGGGAACUUUGCUACUCUGGAGAUGUAUCCAUCCAAACCUGGCCUGUGGCAGCUCGAGACAGAAAUUGGUUUCAACCAACAGAAUGGCAUGCAGACCCUCUUUCUGGUUCUAGAUAAUGACUGCUACCGUCCUCUGGGCCUACAAUCAGGCAGUGUAAAAAACGAUCAGAUGACGGCAAUCAACACUAGAGGAUACUGGGCGCCCCAUCUUGCCAGACUGAACAAUCAGGGCAAAUACAAUGCAUGGAGCACAGAGCAGAACUCCAGCUGGAUUCAGGUGGAUUUCCAGAGACCAGUUGUGAUCAGCCAGGUGGCCACCCAGGGAGCAAGGCAGCUGUUCCAUUCCCAGUAUGUGAUCAAGUACUCUAUCUCCUACAGCACUGAUCGACGGAAGUGGAUUUUCUAUAAGGGCGACAGCAGAGAACUCAGGAAGGUAUUCACUGGUAACCAGGAUGCCUAUGAGACAAAAACAAAUACCUUUUUUCCUCCUGUGGUUGGGCGCUUUAUCAGGCUCCAUCCUAUCAACUGGUACAAUAAGGCCACAGUCCGCAUGGAGUUUUACGGCUGUGAGCUUGAUGGCUGCUCAGUGCCUUUGGGGAUGGAGAGUGGACUGAUAGAAGAUCAUCGCAUCACCGCCAGCUCCAGAGCUUCCAGCUGGUACUGGGGCCCUUGGAAACCCUCCCUUGCACGCCUCAACAAACAAGGCACAGUCAAUGCAUGGCAGGCUCAGCAUAGUGACAUGAACCAGUGGCUUCAGGUGGAGCUGCCCCAAAUUAAAAAGAUCACAGGUAUCAUAACACAAGGAGCCAAGUCUCUGGGGAAAGAGAUGUAUGUCAUCUCCUACACGCUGCAGUACAGCAACAACGGGAUAACCUGGAACCAGUACACAGAUGAUGAGGACAUCCCUUCCAAGACUUUUUUGGGAAAUGCCAAUAACAAUGACCAUGUGAAGAACUACAUCUACCCUCCUAUAUUUUCCCGCUUCAUCCGAAUCAUCCCCAGAAGCUGGAUGGGCUCCAUCACCAUGAGAAUAGAACUACUGGGCUGUGACUUUGAGUGAUACACCUUGACACACAUGCAUAUACAUGCACAAACGCAUAUACACACACACACAUACAUUCACAUCUACAUUGAAAUACACACACUUAAAUGCCCAAACAUAUGCACAUCCACUUCUACAUGUAUGGUCAUGUAUGGAGAAUGCUACAUACAUGAAUACAUUAAAUCACAUUUUUUGCUUGCAGGGAAAAGCAAUCACUUUUCUUACAUAUGAAUGACAUACAGCCUGUGAUACUCAACCACUACAUAAAUUAGAGCUCCUGACACGGUGAAACUGUAGUUUCUUUCUAGGCAGAUUGCAAAAAUGCAAAAAAGUUAUACAGCCUUUUAGAAAUGAAUAUGAACGUAUAUAAAAAGUGUUUUCUUUUACAAAUAUAUGCCCAGUUAAAUUUAGUUUAAAAACUUGGUUAGAGUAAGUGCAAUGUGAGUAACUGUAACCCUUUUGCCAAGAGUUUUGUGUUUGUGAAAUAUUAGUGGCAUUUUUAAGCUGAUAUAUAGCAUUUUCUUCAUUGUAAAUUAAUAAAAAUGAAUGUAAAUAUGUAAGUAGAGGUGACAUAAUUUAUUUUCAGUAAACAUGAUUACCAUUCUUGUU